UCGAACCACUCAUGUCAGCUAUGAUAUCGUUCCUCAACCCUCAUGAAUGAAAAUCCCAAAAAUUCAACGCUACAUGUCGCGCCCGUGCGCACGGAAACAGCUGGCGCCCACCGUGGCAUAAUCUGGGCUUCUCUCGCCACACGCUCUUCAGACUAUCCACACACCGAUAAGUGCACCUCAUAUACCGCCCAAACUGAGCCGCCUGUAGCACUGCCCCAAAAAUGAACUACUCAUUAGCUACGGACAGUCCGUUCAACACUGCUCUGUUGUCCCCAGAGGGUCGUGCUGUGUAUCGCAUCGAUACAUAUAUUAGCUCAUUUACGACUACCGUCAGGAAGGUCGCUGGUGGGCAGAGUGAAAUGGAGAUUGGGCGAGUAGUGUGGCAGUCUGGUAGACCUGGGACAGCUGUGGUUCAUGGACACGAGAUAUAUGUCAACAAGAGCAGUUUUUUCAGCUCGUCAAGAACAUUCACAGCAUUGAACGGGCAAUCGUACAAAUGGACGUUCCAUGAAGGAUCAGCAUUGAUGGCGAGCAACGACAGCAGGCAAGCCCCAGUUGCUACCUACACACCCGCAACGAGAUCAAAUCCUGGGCUACUACAUAUAACCCCGCAUGGCCUAACCAUCACCGGAGACGUUAUCUUGAGCUUCGUCUGUGUCGAAGGCGAGCGCCGACAUACACUUAGGAAAAGUCUAAGAUGAUGUCAUGCGGAGAAAUUUCAAACGUUCAAACUCAUUUCCGAUCAUGUUCAUUUUCAGGUGCUAGCUGGGUCUAUCUCUUUCGUUCAUUCGACGCAGUUGCAAUUCAUAUGCAUAUAUGUCUACAAGUACUCUUUCUCUUCUUCUGCCUCAAUUCUUGUGUUUUUUGUUCUUCUUCACACUUCGGCCUAGAUACUUUUAUAGAUCUGGAGUUACCACAUGUAUCAUUUUGAUAUGGACCCACGUAGUACGGGUCUUGUAUACCUGUUGACCUUGUCACGUCAAAUCCGUAACGGGCCGUAACAUAAUAAGAUUUGGAAAGCACGCAAUACU